UAUUCGUUCCACGUUCAGAAGGUUAAUUUUGUAAUAGAUAUCGUAAUAGCAACGGAAUAUCGAUAAACAGAUUAAUGCUACUGAAGAAAUAAAAUUAUCGCUUAUAUUUUUUUUGUUUCCUUCUUUUAUCAGUAGGAUACGUGGCAUAUAUGCUCCUUAAUGAAUAAAUAAGCUGUGUGUGCAGUAAUUUUGGUAUCAGUCUUGCCGACUUAAUAUCUAGUCCGCUAGUCUAAUAAACUAACGAGCAUAAUAAUAAAUAUUUUAGAAAAUGGAUUCAGGAAUUCGUACUCGUACUCCUGAGGUUCUUUCUGAGGGUGUACGGGAUCAGUAUGCCGAUGGAAAAGCUGCUAAAAUCUGGAAAGCUGUAAUUGGAGAUGAAAAACAACGUACUCAAGUUUACAAAGAUUUUUUAAUGGGUUUAUUACGUGAAAAUGGUUGCAAGAGAAUCCUUGAUGUUGCCUGCGGCACAGGAAUCGACUCCAUAAUGCUCAUUGAAGAAGGAUUCCAAGUUGUCAGUGUUGAUGCUUCUGAUAAAAUGCUCAAAUAUGCGCUCAAAGACCGAUGGGAUCGAAGAAAAGAACCUGGUUUCGAUGACUGGGUUAUUGAAGAAGCCAAUUGGUUAACACUGACUGAAGAUAUUGGACAUCUUAUUGGCGAUGGUUUCGAUGCUGUGAUUUGUUUAGGCAACAGUUUCGCUCAUAUCCAUGACACUUACGGUGAUCAGAGAGAACAGAAACAAAUAUUAAAAAACUUUGAGAUGUGUCUUAAACCAGGUGGCUUUCUUCUUAUUGAUCACAGAAAUUUUGAUGCUAUUUUGGAUGGUGAGGUAUCUCCAAAGAAAUGUAUUUACUAUAACAGUCCGCAUAUGAAAGAGAUAAGAACCUCCGUCUAUUCAGUUUCCGGUGUGUCCCGAGUGAUUAUCCAAGAUUACUUCAUGUCCUUGGAUGAAAAAAACGAGGAUCCAGAGAAUCAAAAUCACUUCCGCUUAACGGGCUAUCCCCAUCGACUUAAUGCCUUCAAAGAUAUGUUACGAGAAAUAUUUUCCCAAAAGACCCACAAAAUUUUCGGUGACUUUAAGCCUCUUAAUGAGGUAAAAGUACCAGGGUGUUUUAUUCAUCUCAUUGAAAAAAAAUAAUUGUCACAUACAAUUACACUGUAAAAAAUCGGGAAU